GGCUGCUCGCUGCGGGAACACUGGAUUUCAGCAUCCUCAAAACUGUUUGGCGAAACCGAAAAAGCCCAUGUGGGGAGAGAUUUCAAACAAUGUUUGAAGCCUUCUUGUCCUGCUGUGUUGUAUUGAGAGGACUCGUGCUACCCAGAUACCCGUCAGUCUGCGGUAUUGAUCCACUACAAACUUGCUGACCUGGAUUGCAUGGAACAAACACGGCAGCAGCUGCUGCACACAUUCAUGCAAAUGUACACACAGGCACAAAACACUCACAAUGCUGGUCUGAGCUCCGCCGCUGCUCGCUCGGAUCCCAUGUGGAUGGCUUCAUAAAUGACUUUCAGGUCCAGAGGAGAUUCUGAUGCUUAAUGGAUGACAUCUCCAGAGGUUGUGGGAGUUCUUGCGUACAUAGAUCCAGCAUCAAGCAAAAGGCUUUCCUCAUGGCAACUCCCUACCUCCAGACAGCUCUGCGUUACCCCUCCCGUGGGGCAUAUAAUUGCUGAGGGAGGGGUAGCGAGACUCACAUGAGCGUUCAACUGUAGAUAAGAAUCACCCAAACCAUGUAACAGAGUUCCUUUCUCCAAGGAGGGGGGAGGGUCUGUGCUUGAGUCUGAUUUCUUUUGGGGGGUUUUAAAUCAUUCCUGCUCAUGUAAUCUGUAAAACAAAUUUGUUUUCACUUGUUUAAAGAGUGUAUGUGGUUGUGGGCAGAGAGUGUGAGGUGAGGAGAAAGUUACAGCGAGGAAAAAAGAGAGAGAACGGAGGGGAGAGAUGGUCCUCCACGUCACCCCUUACUCCGGUGCCUGUCUGCACUUCCUGGAUGGUUUAUCGUGGAGCCUGGUGUUUCCGUGCUACUGGCUCCUGGACCGACUCCUAGCCUCCUGCGUGGCCACGUCACUGGAAAAGCGCCAGCGAUCCCAAGACCCUUGCUCCUUCCUCACUUUAUGUGUCGUGAUUUCUGCACCAAUUUAUCUGUUACUCUUCCUCGCCUCCUUGCCCUUUGCCCUGCUGGGCUUCAUCAUCUGGGCUCCCCUGCAGGCUGUCCGGCAGCCAUAUCUGUACACCUCCUACAGACCAGACAAGCACCACGCAGAGCAGGGCCAGGCUGGAGCCGGGGGUAUUGGGGAAUGGAGGCCACAGGGCAGGAGCUUCUGUUUCUGCAGUGCCAACGUUUGCCUCCUGCCAGACUCCCUCGCCAGGUUCAACAACUUGUCAGACACCCACAGGAGAGCUCUUGAGGUGGGCAAAAGAAUCCGCAAUGGUGCCAGUCGGCCUCAGAUUAAAAUCUACAUCGACUCACCAACCAACACAUCCAUCAGUGCGGCAUCUUUCAGCAGUCUUGCCACAGGAUUUCGCCGUACCUCGUCUCUGGACCAGCGUCCAGAUCAAACACACACCACCAAUGGCCCAGCCGAAACUGAAAUCGAACCCAUCACUGAGUGCCCGAUUCACCCCUCAGGUGCCGCUGACUGCCCCGUUCACCCCUCUGCCGGAGACCACAACUCCACUGACUGCCCCGUUCAUCACGAUGGAGCAGACACCUCAGGAGACUGCCCCCUGCACCAAGAGGGAACUAACAGCAGCUCAGGGUGUCCCGUGCACACCUCAGGGGAGAGUGCAGGCUGUCCAGUGCACUCCAAAGCAUGUCAAAGUGGACAUGGCCAUCAUGACUGUCCCAUGCAUGGGGACGGUACGCAGCAAAAACCCGCCACAGACUGCCCCCUUCACACAUCAGGGGUACAAAUCAGCAUCAGUGCUCCAGAGCCGGAUCCCCAGGAGGAAGAGGCUGAGACGGGGAAUCAUCGGGAGCAGGGAGUGGGAGACACAGGCAGUAUGACUGCGUCCCGUGAGUCCCUCGCUCGCUACCAUGGAUAUGAUGGUGGGGUAGGGAUAACGUCCAAUAAUACUCUCUCACACGUCCCGCGCACGUCCAUCUUCAAGCGGCCAGGAAGGAAACGUCGUCAUGGAGAUGAGACCUUCGAUCAUGAGAUCUCUGCCUUUUUUCCUGCCAACUUGGAUUUCCUCGCCCUUCAGGAAGUAUUCGACCAUGGAGCAACAACUAGACUGCGGCGGCAGUUGCACCGCUACUUCCCCUACGUGCUGAGUGAUGUUGGGAGAUAUGGCUGGAAAGGCUGCUGCUCCAGGUUCAAAUUCUUGAACAGUGGCCUGAUGCUGGCCAGUCGCUACCCCAUCUUGGAUGCACGGUUUGAGUGCUACCCUAACGGGAAAGGAGAAGAUGCAUUGGCGGCUAAGGGAGCACUGUUUGCUAAGGUUCAUGUGGGCACCUCCCAUCAGGAGCAAAGAGUUGUGGGAUAUCUCACAUGCACACACCUCCACGCCAUUGAAGGCGAUGCGUCAGUCCGCUGCGAGCAGCUGGACCAGUUGCUUCAGUGGGGGGCCGAGUUUCGCCAAUCCUCGUCUCAACCACCUGAGGGAGAGAAGGUGCUGGACGACCUGGUGGCCUUUGAUGUCAUCCUGGGAGACCUCAACUUUGACAACUGCUCUUCAGAGGACAAGCUGGAGCAGCAGCAUGCACUUUUUACUCAAUACAAGGACCCAUGUCGCCUGGGGCCAGGGGAGGACAAACCAUGGGCUCUGGGAACUCUGCUGGACCCCAGUGGCCUUUACGAUGACGAUGUCAGUUCACCUGAAAGUUUACAAAAGCUGAUGGAGAACGAGGACGGGAGGAAGGAGUAUCUGGUGUUUCCUCCCAGCAAGAACCAGUGCCCUGCCGGCGGUCAGAAGGGGAGGAAGAUCCCCCUGAAGGGCAACGGGCGCAGGAUCGACUACAUCAUGUACAGCGAUGAGGGACUGCCGCAGGACUGGAAACUGGAUAUCGAGGAGUUCAGCUUCGUCACCCAGCUGGCCGGCCUCACCGAUCACCUGUCUGUCGCCAUGCGACUGGCGGUCUCUACAGGGGAAGAGGAGCCUUAGUUUGAGCGCCUGAGUCUUCACUUUUGAAUACUGCCAUGGAGGAGCAGGUGACCAGGAAGAGAGGGAGACCUUAUACGUUUACAGAACCUGAACAGCAUGAGGGGAGCUUGAAGGGACAGCAAGUAGAUGGGUGAAUCGGUGGAGGAGCACUCAGAGGACUUUCAGGAGGACAAGGAGAGAGGAAGCAAAGGAGAGACACGAAAGAGAAGGACAUCUGGAUGGAGAGGAGAUGUGAGCCAGGGAAUUCAAAUUAGGAAACCAGGAAUAGAUCCUUCUUCCUGGGUAAAACAUCCACAUUUACACAGACAGGAAAAUCCAAAACUGUGCCGACCACUGGACACUGACUUGUUGACUGUUGAGUCUUGCCUGGCCUCUCCCCCGAAACUCCCUGUUGAAUCAAAUCCAGAAGGUUUUAUUUAUAGUAAGUGUUUUAUGUAGCUAAUACACAGUCUCCUUUUAUCUGACCUGUUUUAUCCCUAGUAUAAGUAAGAUUUUUAGCAGUAAAGUCAGAUUAUUUUUGAUGAUUCUAACUUCAGGGACAAUUGGGAGGUCGCGUUUAAGGAAAACGCAUAAUUGAAGUGAAGAAUACGGCUGUUGACUGGCCUUUACACUGACCGUCUGUGUCUUUGUGUCGUGCUCCUCCUUCCUGAACAGCUAUUGGUCAGUUCUGCUGUCAGUCAUUCACCUUACUGCCCCACAUCAGUCCCAGGAACAUCAACAAGUGUCUUUCUUUUCUAAAAAAAAAAAAGAAAAAAAAUUAAAAAGAUUAUAAAUGAAAAAAAUUAUAAAAAACUAAACACGUCUUUCUGAAAGGAGAAAAAUGAAAUACAAUUUGUAUUGUCGUCCACACCAAUUUUUAUAGGCCUGUUUAAUACUAAAUGGUAUGUUUCUAAGAACAUAUGUUGUAUAGGAGACAAGAAAUCAACUGCUUGGAGCAUGUUUUUGAGCCAUGACUGGUGACAUUUGGGAAAUCCUUUUUUUGGAGAAGCUUUGCUGAUGCAAAAUGGGAAGAGAUUUCAGUUUACAGCACUAAUAUAGCAGCUUGACAUUAGAUGCCUCAAAGAGCAUUUUGCUCUGAAACACACUUGUGUAUCUGAAUACUGUUUUGGCAUUUGUGCAUGUGCAACACCCCAUGAUGACACACAAAGGCAUGCACAGAAACUUGAGGAUUUGUGUAACACAGGCACGCGGCUGUACCCAUCUUGUACAGCGGGCUGCUGGGGGACCGAACAAACCCUUUGGUUGGUUGGAUUUAUUACCGAUCAUCAUCACCACGUGUCUGUGAGAGUAGAUAUUAUCAGCAUGUUAGCAACAAAUCACUGUAGGUUUCUGGUUAGAAAGCCAUAGUUGUAUUGUGAGCAUGUCUUAUUGGCGCACAGACGAACAGGAACAGUAUGAAGCCCAGCUUUUGGUUUGAACACGAGUCGUCCGUCGCUGCAAAACCUCUUUUUUUCCCGUAACUUUUUAAACACGUACAAGUUUGAAAGAGUCCCAAAGAUUAACACAGCCCACACACAAACAUACACCCAGAACACAAAUGCAUAAUGAAGUAUGAAACUACUUAGCAACACAAACAAAGUGCAAACAAACGAACACAAAAGCGUGUUCAGACUGGGAUCAAGGUGAACGUAUGGUCUUGCUAUGAGAAGGAAAAUCUCGGAAAUAAUGUUUUACUUUCUUUAAAAAUGACCAUAUAUUUACAGUGCAAUUAAAAGUAUGUGAACAUUUCAGAAUUAACAGAUUUUCUGCAUUGAUUUGCUGUAAAAUGUCAUCAGAUCUUCAUCUUGGUCACAGUAAACAUGCGAUUAGGCUGAUAACACAUUAAUAACUACAACGUCUUUGCCUUCACUGAACACACUCAUUAACCAUUCACAGUGCUGAAGGACAAAGUAAGUGAACCCCUAGAUAAAAUACUUCAACAAAUGCAUUGUAAUGCAAGUCUGUAGUCUUGAUAAAACACUAUCAAGUAUUGAACGUGCUGGGGAGUCUACACGAGGGGUAACCAUGGUUACACAGGACUUCAAUGUGCUCCAAAACAACCAAAACAAAAUGUUGCUACAUCUGUUAAUUUUGAGAAAGGGCACAGAUGUUGAUAAAUGUUGUGUGAUGCACCCUAAGCAUCAAAGUAAACCCCCCAGAAUGGCUUCACAAACAGAAAAUCCUCCUUUUGGAGGACCCCAACCUCAAGAGAGCUGUUCACUUAAGAGAUCCCACAAAAGUGUCCGAGAUAAAUCAGUUCAUUAACAUGAACUCUUGAACACUUUACUGCCAAAGGAAGUUCAGCCAGCUAUAAACCACAAAAAGGAUUAAGUGCUGAUUUUUUGCUCACCCUUAUGUGCUGUGUUUUUAUGGUGUGUUCAGUAAAUUACAAGAAAUUCUACUUCUGGGUUCAACUGAAGCAUAUGUUGUUUGUCUAUUAUAGGCUUAGAUGAAGAUAGGGUCAAAUUUUAUGGCAAAUCUGGAAAUAAAAUAGCUCCAAAGUUUUCACAUAGUUUUUCUUGCCAUCCUAAGUAUUUUUGGUUCUUAAAAAAACUUGAACACUUGAAACUACUCUGUUUUUCUUUGAGGUCACAUCAGUUUAAAGGUAUCUUUUGAAGACUAGAUUUCAUAUAAAUUAAGGGUUUCAAUUUCUUGAAAUAAGAUGGUCAAAACAUUACAUUUUGUAAAAAAGUUCACCUGGAAAUCGCAAAAAUUGCCUUGAAGCUGAAAAGAAAAACUUUGUGGCUUGGCUUUAUUUUUUACAUUUUUUUCUUUGUUUCUUUCUUUUUGUGUGUGUGACACUGACUUGUGUGUAUGUCACGCUGGAUGGGCAUCAUAUAUUGUGGCGGCAGAUUCGUGAGUGUACAGAGAUUAGCCUACAACUUUUUGAAUAUUAACCCAAGAUAAUUCUAUUGUACUAACUGACAACAUUCAAAACAACCACGCAGACCAUGGUGUCAGACUGGAACUGGAACAGUGUAAAGGAGGGUGUGUAGAAACUGAAACCGUUCCCUUUUUCUGUUUGGAGAGCUUUCAAAAUAAUAUAGUAGUGUCAUUUAUAUAUGAAAACCUAAUUUUCUGACAUUAGUCAGAUAAGUGAAAGAUGAUAUCAUGUUGGUUUGGUUACUGUUUUUCCACCAGAACCAUUUGUACAAACAGUGCUAAACUGUCAUUUUGUAAUUCCUAAACUUUAUUUUUACUUUUUUAUUUAUUUUUUCAAUAAAUAGAAAUCAGCAUAAAUAGCUAGAGACAAUAACGUUCAAUUGUAAUAAUUAAUAAAUUGGGACUUAGAUCAAUGAAAAUGGCUGCACAGUUGAAUUGUUUUCUAAGAAUUCAGUGAAAUUAUAUAUUACUUUUCAGGCUACUUUCUAAUGUACCCUUUUCUAACACUGACUAGUAAUCUUUAAAAAUGUAAUUCUUAAACAGAAUUUAUUUCCAAUGAUAACUAACAAAGGACUAAACUUGAACUGUCAAAUAUAGACAACUUAGAAACAGACACAUGAUUGUGUCGUCUGCAGGGUCACUCCGUUUAAACAAGGAACAAAUAAAGGCAGGUUUGCUUAAAAAAGGAAUGUAUUUCUGAGCAACAAGGGAUUAAAACAAUGUAUCAAAGGUGAAGCAAUGAAAUCAGAGAAAAAUGCUCCAGAUUAUCCACACCGGGCAGUUUUCUGAUGCAUCUCUGAAUCUGUGACUGUAUUAAAACUAAAGUAACUGCAGAGGAAUUCUUUGAGAAAUUACUAGCCAAGUCUUCACAAGCAAUUGCUUGUUUAACAAAAUGCAUUAAAACAGCCAACUAUCUCAGUUUAGCUGUUUUUGUAAGCAUUUAAUAGUGCAUGGGAGAAGAUCCACACCAUUAUUAUUUCCACCUAAAUCAUCAGAGUACUAUGGACACAUUGUGGUUUUGUUUGAGCCAUUCAUUCUGUUUUCUCUAAGGAGUUCUGUGAAACAGUCAUCAAUUCAAUCUAGUUCAGUCAGGUCAAUUCAGUUCAGUUCAGUUCAGUUCAAUUGAAUCCAAUUCAAUUGUGUUCAAUUCAAUUGAGUUCAAUUCGAUCCAAUUCAAUAUAAUUCAGUUCAGUUCAAUUAAGUCCAAUCAGUUCAAUUCAGUUCAGUUCAGGUUCAGUACAAUUUAGUUUAUUUAGAGCCAGUUUGUAAUCUACUGAUCACUUCCCACCUCCCGUUCUAAUAUGUCAGCAUAAAAAAUUCCAGUUUCAUGGGAAUCAUGGAUCGUCUUCGUGCUCUUUUCAGUCAACGUGUGGCAACAACCAAAACGCUGUUGCAUAUCUGUUUCAGAGAUGUCUGUGAAACAAUCUUUGAUUUGUUUUUCUCUGAAUAAAAUGUGCAGUAGAGAGAUAGUUUAACUUUCCAGAUACUGUUGGAUUUCCAUGGUCUGCGUGGUGAACAAUGUUUACAACUGUUUUGUGACUAUCUGCUACUAUCUGUUUAUUGAUGGCUUGAGGGGAGUGAAUCGACAUUUCUAACACCAAGAUGUGUGUUCAUUUGGGAAGCUCCUUGUGUUAUAUUUUUCAGUAGAAAUACUGAUCAUAAGUACAGCUGAAAGACUGUGACUGUGAGUGUGUGUGUGUGAGUCGAGGCCAGAAACAUACCUGCUGUUCCGAUAUGUAUGUUCAGUUGUCUGUUUCAGUUCUUUUUUUUACAUAGUUUGACUUCACGGGUCACCUGGCUGCUCAGUCACACUCUGUCUCUGUAUGACUCAUGUAUUAUGUUAAUUAUGACAAAUAUAUUCUUCUUAUUAAUAAGAUCUGUAUCUUUUCUUCACGAUGUCUUUCUUUUGUGCUAUAAAUCACAACUCAUGUUUUUGAUGUGAACAAAUGAGAACAAAUCCCAGAGUAUUUGAAAACACAACAGUGAAUGGUGCCAGUGUCCCUGAGAAUCUGCUCAGCAGGUCAACAAGCUGUGGAAGUAGAGCUGAACCCAAUGUAGAAGUUUAACAACCUUUACUUGUUUAUUACACAAAACUUGAAUACCACAAAACAGUUCAUUUGUAGACACGAAGAGAAAAAUAUCAGGACUGUUGUUAUGCGCCAUAUUUUGAAAAGCUUGAAUGUGGAUGCCAAUAUUUGUAUAAACAAGAUUGCUUUUUAUCUAACAAAUUGUUUUCUGCAUAUGUUUGAUAUAAAGUUGAGUUAAGAUGUAAAAUUAAAGUUCUGGCAUAGACCUGGGACAGAUUCACAAAGAUAAUGUGCAUUUCAGCUGCUCCAGUGUUAAAUUAGCAAAUAAGUGGGUGAAGAAUUAAA